AUGGAAACCUCUUCGUUUGACCCGUGCCUUCUGAUCACGGCAAACAACAUCGCCGACAAGGACCUGUUUGGCAUCGCGGCCUUGCAAACGGAUGACACAUUCAUUGUUGGCACAGAUGCAUUUCUCAAGAUCGAGGAGAAAGAACUCUGCUUUAAGGCCAAGCCAAAGAGAUUCUCCAAGAAGGCAGAAGGGCAAGCCCAAACCUCGAGGAGAUCAAUCUUCAGGCAUCAAGUAGGCAUCAGGAUUAUGCUGCUCAACGCGCCCGGGGCAUAUAUCGCUUCGAUUUGCCAACCCGAAGCAACAUACGAUUGUUCCGUUGCGGCACAAGCCCAAGAGCCCGUUAAUACCGACUUCAAGGCUUUGAACAAGCGGAUUGAAUGGCAGAUCAACAAUCCCGACCGUGGCCUAUGUUACAUACCCAUCGAUCUCGAGAGCGCGAAGAUCUUUGUGUUCACCGAUGGAUCAUUCGCCAACAAUAAGGAUUUAAGCUCUCAAAUCGGCUUUGUGAUUAUCAUCGCCAAUGAGACCGCGCAAUCAACCGAUUCAUUUUCCAUCCGCGGAAACAUUCUUCAUUGGAGCUCAACUAAAUAUUCAUAUAGCCUCUAUGAGUGCCUCGUCAAACUUGGCACCACAACAGAGAAGCGACUCAUGAUAGAUAUCAUGGCGCUGAGGCAGGCAUAUGAAUCAAGGGAUAUUGCGGAAAUCCGUUGGGUCAACGGCGCAGAUAACCCUGCCGAUGCUAUGACGAAGGCAUCACCAAACAGCGCCCUCACGCAGUUUAUUAGCGACAAUCAGCUAAACGUGAGGGUGGAAGGAUUCGUUCAUCGCAAUAACACAACAAUUCUCGACGAGAUUUAA